GUGAUGGACUGGCACCCUGUCCAGGUUGUACCCCGCCUUGCUCCCUGGGAUUGGUUCCAGGUUCCCCCGCGACCCUGAAGAAGGAGUAAGCGGUAGAAGAUGGAUGGAUGGAUGGAUGGAUAAUACACACUCACACACCUAUUCUCAUAGUCAGUGAAUAGGUUACAGUCUUUACAUACUCCAUAAUCGAUCACUUUGCCAAGCUAUAUAUUGCACAUAUUACACUACAUUUUUCUACAUUACCAGAUAUUUCACGAAAUACACUUAAAUAUUAUUGUUAUAAUUGUAUUGUAUGUAUAUAUAGUUUGUAUUGUAUGUUUAUAUAGUUUCCUAUAUAUUUAUAUAAUGUGCAUUUAUUAUUUUUUUCUUUUUUGUAACAUAGCUUAAUGGGGAACUGCACACUAAACGUCAUUGUACUUGUACAAUGACAAUAAAGAUAUUAAUUUCCAUAGUAGUAGCAGUAAUAAUAAUAAUAAUAAGAAGAAGAAGAAGAAGAAGAAGAAGAAGAAAGGAAGAAUCUUUACUACAUAACACUUUCAUGUGAGUUUAAAUUCUCAAUGUGCUGUACAUGUACAAAAAAAUGGGGGGAAAGGUCUAAAGAAAGUAUUUAUUGUAAAUAACAACAAUCUACAAUCUUUAAUGGAUUAACUAAAAUUCUAUGAUGAUUACUACAAUUAUAGGCUAUGAAAUUUUUUUUUUUUUCUAGUUUAAUCUUGAGUUGUGUUGAACCUUUUAAUUCCAAACAUGGAUUAAUAAAUCAGAGAUUAAACCCUAAUCUUCUGAUUACAUCUUGACCUUUGAGUAAAAUCCUGACCUCUGACAGUCCAUCAUGAUGCACUCAUUAACCUAAAGUUCCUGUUAAAACUAAAACCAGGAUUAAAUCAUGCUUUAAAGCUUUGGUAAAACUGGAUGAAUGGCUAAAAAUCUGAUUUAAUCCCGACCAGCCAGUUUCUUCUUGUCUUUUAUUUUGGAAAGUAAGUGUUAACACACUCGACGACGCUGUUUCUCAGUCGUUGCUGUGAGCUUCACUGUUCUUCGAGCUGAACGCCAUAGAAAUGGUUUAGACAGAGCCGUUUUUGGCAUGACUAAAACGUUAAUUUUUACAGGAACAGGAUGACACAGUGACGAAGUGAUUCCUUUAUCUCACAGGCUAACUGUCAUCAUUUCUGCCGAGAGAAACAUGCAGCAGUGCUCAUCGCCAGUAUUAGAGGAAGGUGAUGAAAUGGAAGGUGUUAAGGAGAAGCAGGGUCGACUGUCUCGACCACAUAGAAUCAGCGAGAAUUCAAAGGUGUAUCGAUGGGCUGACCAAGCCAUGUACCUCCUGCAAGGUUUAAACGAGCAGCGAGAAUGUGGUCAGUUGUGUGACGUGGUCUUGGUGGCGAAUGGCCAGCGGGUUCGUGCCCACCGCGCCCUGCUGGCCGUUUCCAGCCCGUACUUCCAGGCCAUGUUCACGCUUGGCAUGAGAGAGGAGCGCCAAGCUGAGGUGGAGCUUGUAGGUGCCUCGUUUGUGGGGGUUAAGGCGGUCGUGGACUUCCUCUAUAGUGGCGAGUUACCCCUUGAUGGUGGAAACAUUGACUACGUACUGGAGACGGCUCACUUGCUGCAAGUCUGGCAGGCUGUCGAUUUCUGUUGCCAGUACCUGGAGAAAGAGGUCAACGAAGACAACUAUCUGUACCUGCAGGAACUGGCGAUGCUUUACAGCUUGGAGCGUCUGGACGCCUUCAUAGACCGCUUUGUCCUGGAGCGAUUCUCCACUCUCUCCUGCACGCCCAAGUUCUUGAAAGACGUGGGAUUAUCCAAACUCUGUUCCUACUUAGCCAGCGAAGAGGUGCAGCACGAGAGUGAGCAGACCCUCCUCCAGGCAGCCCUCCAGUGGCUCAAACAGAAGCCAGAGCGCUUGCCAUUUGCCCACCAGCUCCUGCGCCACGUCCGCUUGGCCCUGAUCUCACCUGUGGAGCUGGCAGAGCAUGUCCUGCCUGCUGUACGCUCUUUAUUGCCCCCAGAUUCAGGCUGCCAAGCGCUGGUGGAGGAAGCACUAAGCUACCAUGCUCACGUCAGUGCCCAGCCUGUACUACAGACAGCACAGUCAGCCCUGAGAGGAGGAGUGGAGCGCCUGCUGCUGGUUGGAGGAGAGGUGUAUGAGCGUGGUGAAGAGCUGAGCACUGACGUGAGCUGGCUAGAUGAAGAAGCAGGAGUGUGGGUGGUAGAGACGCAGUUGCCGGCUCAGAGGAGCCACCAUUGCGUGGCAGUGCUGGGGGGAUUCAUUUUUAUCGCUGGGGGAAGCUCGUCACGGGAUAACGGUGGAGACGCAGCAAGUAACAUACUCUACCGAUACGACCCACGUAACAACACAUGGUCCAAGGGUGCGAGUAUGAACCAGCGCCGAGUGGAUUUCUAUCUCGGAACCAUGGGGGACUGUGUGAUUGCUGUUGGGGGACGAAAUGAAAGCGGUGCACUAUCAUCUGUUGAGGUGUACCAUCCUGUGGAGGAUUACUGGACCUACGUAGCAGGGCUGCCAAGAUUAACGUAUGGCCAUGCAGGCACAACACACAAAGGUGUAGUGUACAUCUCAGGGGGCCAUGACUAUCAGAUCGGACCUUACCGACGUGAUAUGCUCAGUUAUGACCCGAGCGCUGGCGACACAUGGAUGGAGCGCCAGGCCAUGACUCUGGCUCGAGGCUGGCACUGCAUGGCAUCACUGCACGACCGAAUCUAUGUAAUCGGUGGAAGCGAUGACCACGAGGACAGCAUGGAGCGCUUCGAUGUGCUAGAAGUAGAGGCGUUUGACCCACACACUGAGCAGUGGAGCAGGGUCGCCCCGCUGCGCUACCCGAACAGCGAAGCAGCUGUUGCCGUGUGGGACAGCAAGAUCUACGUGAUGGGAGGCUACACCUGGGAGCACAUGGACUUCUCAGAAAACACUCAGGUGUUCGUUCCAGAGAAGGGCCAGUGGGUGAUGGGUCCCAACCUGCCCAGGUACAUUGCCGGAGCCUCGGCGUGUGUAUGCACUGUCCGAGCUCGGCAGUCCUGCAGCACUGAGCAGAACAGGACAGGUGUGAUGGUGAAAAGCUUGCAAAACACCAGUCAAGGACAAGACAGAUGACCGGAAGAGCAAACACAACGGUUCGAUAAUGUGCCCUGACCGGGCAGUUAUUCUCCCAACAUGCAGGUUACAGCACCAAGGGUACAGGGCCUUAACAGAUACCCGUAUAUCUAGGCUGCUUAUGGAGGACAUGGACCGAAUUGAUUCAGCUGAUUCAGUUUUGGAACUUGUUGGUUGCAAAGGUGUGAUGUUAGAGGUGCUUCUUCAGUCAUUUAGUAUUCUGGUUUAUUCCAUGUCUAGGAAUAAUCUGCAUUGUCACUCAAUCUUGUGCUGAAGAGGUGUGUUCCAUCGCUUGGGUUGUGUGAAAUGUAUGCAUUUGCAUUUCUCAAUAAUUACAUGGACUAACAUGAGCAAUCAUUUUCAGUAUUAGAGGAAAACAUUAAAA